GGGUUGUGGUGAUAAUCAAAUAAGAUCACAUUUAUGAAAACAUCUUCAUAGAAUGCCAUUUCAUAAAAGACAAUUUCCUUCUUUGGUGUCUGGAAAAGGUGUGUAUCUAGCAGUUAUGGUUCUGUUGCAGAAGGACUAAGAAAAAAGAACUGGUCAGUAUUGUGUUCUGCUGUCUAGGCCUGCCAAGGUGAGAUCUAGGAUGGAGUUCAAAUCACCUGAAGAUCCAUUCCCACCCAAUACUCAACUCUCUCCUGUGAGCAACAUGGCUGUGGAGGAGUCCUUACUAGUUUUCAAGAAAAGCUUUGAGACACACAGGCACCUAAUUUCCAGAUAAAGAAGCUUCAUUUUUUUGAGAAAUGCCAGGAGCACAAGCAUGUUCUCUAGGUUUCGAUUCUUGAGUCUCGGGCUGUCUUUAUACGUCAAUUUAUCUUAAUAGUUGUAACUACUGCAGGUAAUGCUGGAAUGGUGGGGGUGAGGGAAAUAAAAGUUCUAGAGGAAAGAUUUCUUUUCCCAAAAAAAGCUUCCUUGAAACUCCCCCUUUUUCUGAAAACUAAUGGUAUGUGGGCUUUCAAAGUUACAGCAUCAGAGAGGAAGACAAAGGCAAGAAGCAAGGGGUUUUGUUUGUUUCGCAUUUACACUGUCCUUGGUAGCACCUGCUUGUCUUGACAUUUGAAAGAAUGACUUUAGGAACUAUAGAGUGCUCUACAACUUUUUGGUUGACCGUAAAACAUUUUACAUUUCCCUAGCCUCCUUCCUUUGAUUUAUGGGAUGGGUAUGUUCUUCAGAAUAAGAUUUAUGCCGUGUACAGUUUUUCCAUUGGGCCCUUGGAACUUUAUUAAAGCUAGUUAGACAGAGCAAAAUCAUUUCUAUAAUCCCUACCAAGUGCCUAGAGCAGUGUGAAGCCAAUUUGGAUAGAAUGUUCCCUGGCAUGGAGGAGGAGAUCUUGGUUUGAUUGCUUGCUUAGUUCUGCGAUGCCUUCAGUCCCUGCAGCUGUGGAUCUUAUGCAUUCUCUCACUGAGACUGCAAGGUAUUUAGGAAUAUGUCCUCUUCUUUCCCCAGAAGGAAGGCCACCCAUAGCCAAGGUUGGAAAAAUCAAAGCUCUGUAACCGAGUUUAUCCUCCUGGGCUUCUCCAGAAAUCCCAGAACCAACUGGAUCCUUUUCUUCCUCUUCCUCUUCCUUUACUUAUUUACAGUCCUGGGCAAUGGUCUCAUUGUUACUUUGAUCAGAGUAGAUGCAUGCCUCCACAUCCCCAUGUACUUCUUCCUGAGCAUCCUCUCUCUGCUGGAUCUCAGCUAUGCUACCACCACAGUGCCCCAGAUGUUGAUCCAUCUAGUAAGCAAGAGUAAAACUAUCUCUUAUGUUGGGUGUGUGGUCCAGAUGUAUGUUUUCCUAACCUUGGGCAUCACUGAGACCUGGAUUUUUGCAGCUAUGGCCUAUGACAGAUAUGUUGCCAUAUGCUACCCACUCCAUUAUGGGGUGAAGAUGAGCCAAACCCUGUGUGUACUCCUGGCAGUCAGCUCUGCCCUUUGUGGUCUCACCUGUGCCCUCGUCUACACAGUCUUUGCAAUGAAUCUGCCCUACUGUGGCCCCAAUGAAAUCAACUACUUCUUUUGUGAAAUUCCUGCUGUCUUGAAGUUAGCUUGUGCAGAUACAUCACUCAAUGACCAAGUGGACUUUAUCUUGGGCUUUAUCUUGCUCCUGAUUCCAUUGUCCCUCAUUCUGGCCUCAUAUGUUUGCAUCUUCACUGCUAUCCUAAAGAUUGGCUCCACCCAGGGGCGAAUCAAGGCCUUCUCCACCUGUGGCUCACACAUCACUGUGGUCACCAUGUUUUGUAUUCCAUGCAUGGUCAUGUAUAUGAGGCCUGGCUCUGAGGCCUCCCCAGAGGAUGACAAGAAGCUGGCCCUGUUCUACAAUGUCAUCUCUGCCUUCCUCAACCCCAUGAUCUACAGCCUCCGGAACAAGGAUGUGAAGAGGGCUUUCUUCAAGUUAGUUGGAAUGAGUGCGGACACUCAAUAAGCCACGGAUGAGGGGUGUCUGCGGUGCCUCUGAUCUCUGUCUAUGACAUCCACACGUUCACUGAAAUCAAUGGACUGAAGAAGGAGCCCAGGAUAGGGAAGAUAUCUACAAAGAAACACUUUUUCAUUUUAUUAGGUUACUGGAAACAUUAGGAAAGAAAGAAUUGUGUUCAGGGGUGAAAUACAUCAUUGACUUUCUGUUGUUUUGAAAACGUCAACUCAUUUCUCUGAGAUUUAAUUUUCAUAUCUGUACAAUGUGUUCCAGAAUAUUCUUUGGGCCUAAAUAAUAACUACCUUUAUUGAUCACUUUCUACAUGACAAUCAUUGUCUAAGUACUUUAUAUGUACUUUAUUUUAAUUCUUAUAAUAACUCCAGAGGUAUGUAUUAUGAUUUUCUUCAUAAAGUUUAAAAAUAGCAGCAACAACAACAACAAA